GGGUCGGGGGCGGAGAGUGUGUGAACCAAUGACUUGAAGGAGCAGGGAGGGCGGGAUUAGGCUCGCAGUCACUACAAACUACCGAACUGGGCGUUUCAAGAGAUGGGGUUAAGAGAGGUCCAAAGGCCCUUCGCGUCACCAUCCUUCUGGCCCGCGGAAGUUAAGUAAUGGAGAGGCGGGCCUAGGACCGGAAGCAGGAAGGAGGGCUCAGACAGCAGGGUUCCGCAGACAGUCUUCUGUCGCUCUGUGGGUCUGUCAGUCCGGAGGGCAGGAUGGAGAAGUUGCGGCUUCUGAGCCUUCGCUACCAGGAAUAUGUGACUCGUCACCCUGCCGCUACGGCCCAGCUGGAGACGGCGGUGCGGGGCCUCAGUUACCUGCUGGCAGGUCGCUUCGCAGAUUCACACGAGCUGUCGGAGCUGGUGUACUCGGCCUCUAACCUGCUGGUGCUACUCAAUGACGGAAUCCUACGGAAGGAGCUCCGGAAAAAGUUGCCUGUGUCACUCUCCCAGCAGAAGCUGCUAACAUGGCUGAGCGUGCUGGAGUGCGUGGAGGUGUUCAUGGAGAUGGGAGCUGCCAAGGUGUGGGGCGAAGUGGGCCGUUGGCUUGUCAUCGCCCUCAUCCAGCUGGCCAAGGCUGUGCUGCGGCUGUUCCUACUGAUCUGGUUCAAGGCUGGCCUGCAGACCUCCCCCCCCAUUGUUCCUCUGGACAGGGAGACUCAGGCUCAGCCCGCAGAUGGUGACCCCAGCCCUGGCAGCCAGGAACAGCCUUAUGUGGGCAAGCGGUCAAGCCGAGUGGUACGAACCCUCCAGAACACCCCAUCGCUGCACUCGAGGCACUGGGGCGCCCCCCAGCAGCGGGAGAGGCAACAGCAGCAGCAGAAACAUGAGGAGCUGAGCGUCACCCCCACCCCCCUGGGCCUGCAGGGAACCAUCGCCGAGACCUUGUACAUUGCUCGGCCCCUGCUGCACUUGCUCAGCCUGGGCCUCUGGGGCCAACGGUCGUGGACGCCCUGGCUCCUGUCCGGCGCAGUGGACGUGACCAGCCUGAGCCUCCUGAGUGACAGGAAGGGGCUGACUCGGAGGGAACGGCUGGAGCUGCGGCGCCGGACCAUCCUGCUUCUCUAUUACCUGCUGCGUUCCCCCUUCUAUGACCGCUUCUCAGAGACUAGGAUACUCUUCCUGCUCCAGCUGCUGGCAGACCAUGUCCCUGGCCUUGGCCUGGUCACAAGGCCACUCAUGGAUUACUUGCCCGUCUGGCAGAAGAUUUAUUUCUACAACUGGGGCUGA